UCAACUGUUGUGCGAGAAGAGUGGCACCAAUGCAACUGCGCGCAAAACUGAAGCCUCCGCCACUCCCUCUCUCUCCUUCGAUCAACCUCGUCUCGUACACUGCCUGUGAAGAUAUGACAGUGUAGUUAUCUGUAAACACAGACCUCCGCUGUUCAAGGAGUGUGCUCACAUCUCUCAUUCCCUCUCCGCGUUAGUAGUGUAGGAGAGCUCUCCAGCCUCUGAAGUGGCUUCGCUCAAACGCAGCAGCGCGGUCAUCCGAGGAGACAGAGAAGAGGGCAGGAAAAGGUGCAUAUCGCGAAUUCCUCAAGGAUGGAGCAGGACUCACCGGUCAAGUCUUCGGUGGCCGAGUUGGCCGGGAGAUUCAAAGAUCACGUCAUGCCGACGCCGACUCCGCACGACGAGAGGAAGCCUGUUAAAAGGAGGCCUCCUCCGGGCUCCCUGCAGCUUCACGACGUGAAACAUGACCACGGGGAACUGGAGAAACCCAGCAUCGUCUCUCCACACCCCCCCAAAUUCAAGAUGAAGACUUCCAAGAGUUCCCCCCUCAUCGAGAAGCUGCAGGCAAACCUAACCUUGUCGCCCACCUCUCUGCUACCCUCGCCCAAGAGUCCCGAGGUGAAGCUGGCGCCGACGCCCAUCUCCCCCGCAACCCAUUGCUUCUUUCCCACAAGCCCCUGCAGCCCCACCCUGAGGCCCCAGCUGUCCAGUGAGGAGGAGGAGCCGGUAUGCUUUGAGAGCCCGGCGGAGGGGACCCCAUUACUCAGCUUCAACAAGAGUCGAGUUCGGCUGUCCUUCAAGAGGCGUCCGCCCACACGGCAGCACCGGCAGUCGUGUGUCGAGGAGGGCGUAGUCUCCGAGGGAGGGGUUGUGUCCCAAGGUAACCAAGACGUCCCCCAGGUGAACGGGGCCGAGGACCAGGUGGAUCAGGUGUUUGAGCAGACAGGGGAGGGCGGGGAGAGGGGCGAGGAGACCCAGGGAAGCCCCCCGUCUCACCCAGACACUCUGACAGAGACUGGAGACAAUGACAGGGACAGAGAACAGGCCAAAGAGGACAACGUUCUGGAGGAGGAGACAGGAGAGGCAGCCCCAGCCACCCAGGAUGGGAAGAAGGAAGCUGGGGAACAGGCGCUAGGUGAGCCCCAAGCUUCAGAUUCUCUGGAGGCCAUAGAGGAGGAGGAAGGGUCUUGUAGCUCUUAUGGAACAAAAGGAGACAACACGCAAACAGACGAACAGGAGGAUUCAGCUCAGCCUCGUGAGAGGGAUGAAAACCUCUGAACAAUGUUCAUAAAUCACUGUUGAAGAAAUCAUACAAUCAGUCAUUGCGUGAGUCCCACGUGGCACCCUACAGCUUAAUAGUGCUCUACUUUUGACCAGAGACCUGGUUAAAAGUAGUGCACUAUAUAAGGAAUAGGGGUGUCAUUUGGGAUGCAUCCUCACUAAUUAUGAAACUAGCUUGUCUUCUAAGAACCCUCGUUGGACAUUCUGUAUCCUGCAUAAUCUUGGUUCCCAGAACUAAAUCUGUCCUUGCUUCUUCACCUGUCACAUUGAAUUGUGUCUGUAGAGCAGUGUAUGUAGACAAUCCUCUGCAUAGCUUUGUGUUCUAUCAGAUACUGUUGGAGGUGAUACUUUCUUGUUUCUGCAGCAGUUUAAAGUAAUAAUUAUCUUUAUAGUAUUUGGCCCAGGUGUCUCACCUCUCCUGGUUACCUCUCACCUCUCCUGGUUACCUCUCACCUCUCCUGGUUACCUGUCACCUCUCCUGGUUACCUCUUACCUCUCCUGGUUACCUCUCACCUCUCCUGGUUACCUCUCACCUCUCCUGGUCACCUCUCACCUCUCCUGGUUACCUGUCACCUCUCCUGGUUACCUCUCACCUCUCCUGGUUACCUCUCACCUCUCCUGGUUACCUCUCACCUCUCCUGGUUACCUCUCACCUCUCCUGGUUACCUGUCACCUCUCCUGGUUACCUCUCACCUCUCCUGGUUACCUCUCACCUCUCCUGGUUACCUCUCACCUCUCCUGGUUACCUCUCACCUCUCCUGGUUACCUGUCACCUCUCCUGGUUACCUCUCACCUCUCCUGGUUACCUCUCAUCUCUCCUGGUUACCUCUCACCUCUCCUGGUUACCUCUCAUCUCUCCUGGUCACCUCUCAUCUCUCCUGGUCACCUGUCACCUCUCCCGGUCACCUGUCACCUCUCCUGGUCACCUCUCAACUCUCCUGGUCACCUGUCACCUCUCCUGGUCACCUCUCCUGAUCACCUCUCACCUCUCCUGGUCACCUCUCCUGGUCACUUCUCCUGGUCACCUCUCCUGGUCACCUCUCCUGGUCACCUGUCAUCUCUCCUGGUCACCUGUCAUCUCUCCUGGUCACCUCUCCUGGUCACCUCUCCUGGUCACCUCUCCUGGUCACCUCUCCUGGUCACCUGUCACCUCUCCUGGUCACCUCUGCUGGUCACCUCUCCUGGUCACCUCUCCUGGUCACCUCUCCUGGUCACCUCUCCUGGUCAUCUCUCUCACCGGAGGACCAGGCAGCUUGUCAAGCUCUAUGACACUAGAGCAGAGUGUGAAUUAUUGAUAAUAUUGAUCCUUUGACUGAGACUCUCUCCCGACAGCGAGACACAUCAACCUCAGUGGAGACAGUCACCUAUCUCUCUGAGGCUGCUGUCGGAGGAAAAAGAGUAGGACAUUUAUUCGAAGGACAACUAUGAAACAUCAUUUAAUUUGAUUUUAUUUUUUAUUGUUCACCUUUUUGGGGAAGCAUGGCUUCAUUUGGCUUCCAUUAAUACACAGAUGUCUCUUUCCAUGUGCGCAGCCUGCAGGUAGCCUACUCUUUUAAAGUGAUUUGUUUGACAAUCAGAUAGUUGUGUUCAUGCCAUAUUAAAAUGUCAUACUUUUUUUCUUUCUUUCUUUCUUUUUUUUUUACCUUUACAUGACAUUAGAGCGUUUCCUGGUUUCCACAGAAACAGCUGUUGUCUUUACAUGGCAAUGAUCAUACAGACCAGCCGCAAGUCAAUACGCAACACUCUGGUUGGAAGAAAAAUAAACAUUUUAAAGAAAAGUAAGUAAGAAAGAAAGAGAGAAAGAAAGAAAGAAAGAGA